CUAUGGGGAGUGGGCGGGUGGAAGGUUCGAGAAGCGGCUGUCUGGAAACGCAAGGGAUUUCAGUGUGGGAUCAGGCCGACGUAAACACGGGCUUUGGGCAGACCAGCUGCAGGAGGCUCUGUUUUUGUGCGGCGAUAAUAACCUGCAGGAGCUAACAGAACACUAGCGAGGGUCGCCGACAGCGAACUCCGUCUUCCCUUGCAGGUCCCAGCGCGCUCGGCCCCGAGAUGGAAGGCGUGACCGUGGUCACCAGCCCCACGGUGUCCGUGAGGAUGACCAGCUCGCUGAGCUCCUUCGAGGUGAAUCGCAGGUUCAACCGCGGCAUCACGAUCGCCGAGUUUAAGACCAAGCUGGAGAUGAUCGUGGGAUCUCCUGCGUCCCGCAUGGAGCUGCAGCUCUUCAGUACGACCGACAAGUUCCUGCAGAACCUCGACGACAACGAGGCGCUGCUGGGCUCCUACCCUGUGGACGACGACUGCAGGAUACACGUGAUUGACCGGAGUGGGGCGCAGAGCGGGGAGUUCACCGACCUGUCCAGAGUGGAGAAGUUCGAGAUCUCCGAUGAAGCCUAUGAGAAGAGAUCAGACUCUGUGCGCUCCUUCAUGAAGAAGAAGAAGGUGGGCCGCUUCAAUGAGGAGGAUGUGGAGCGCCAGAAGGCAGAGCAGGAGCAGAAGGAGAACGAGGAGAAAGCCCUGACCGAGGCCAUCGCGGUGGGCGCCCGCUGCGAGGUGCGCGUCCUGGGGCAGCCCCCCAAGAGAGGGACCGUCAUGUAUGUGGGUCUGACGGACUUCAAACCAGGUCACUGGGUAGGAGUGAAAUACGAUGAGCCCCUGGGGAAGCAUGAUGGCAGCGUCAACGGGAAGCAGUAUUUUGAGUGCCAGGUCAAAUACGGAGCCUUCGUCAAGCCACAGGUGGUGGUGGUGGGGGAUUUCCCCGAGGAAGACUAUGGCUUGGAUGAUGAGAUGUAGUGGUGAGGAGGGAGCAGGGAGGCCCGGAGACCGCUGCUGUGCUCUGCGUGUGCUGCCGCUCCUGGUGCACACUGGAGUGUCUUCUCACGUUGUUAAAAUACUGUAUAUAUUUUGAAAUGUGCAACAACUUUUUUUCAAUUAAUGGAGGAGUUGAUUUCAAGACUUGUCUGUCAGAUUAACUGCGAGGUCAUCAAUGCCUUAUUUAAAUUUAUACUUUGAAAGUGUUUUUUUAGUAUAUUGUCUACUUAUUAAUGCUAAAGCUUGUAGAAUUCAACUAUCACUCUGUGUGCAAGUGGAUGCAGUUUUCCCUGUGAUCUCUCUGCUAAAUUUAUGUAUUUAAAUAGGUGUAAUGUUGUUAACAUAGGUGGGGACUGUGAUCAUAUCUAGGAUGUGUCCCUUUUUAUGUAUAGAAAGGCUCAUUUAAGUGGCGUCAUUGUACAGUAUGUUGUUCUGAGUGAUUGAGCUUGGAUAUUAGUCUGCAUGUCUGAGUUAAACUGUACAAGUCUCAUUCACACCAUCACACACUUUGAACUCAAGGUCUGUUCUAUCAAGUGGCAAAAUGCUCCUAACAAGGUUCACCUCUGAAAGAAGUAGGCCUUCUUUAUUUUUGUAAUUCAAGGUAGAGAUUGUUUUGUUUACCAGUAGUGGUCUGGUAUGUUCUCCAUUUUUAUUGAAGUGAACCUUUGCAGCAGAUGAAGUGUGAUAAGGCCUCCUGCGUUGUGAGAUCCAGGCACUUCUGACAAAGCUGUGCUGAUAGUUAUUCUAAAGAUUGCAUGUUCUAGGGGACUUUUCCUUCAUGUUUAGCACAGGCUGAUGUGAGAACUUAAAACAAAGGGUCUUUUAGAAGUUGCCAGUUUGCGAGGUGGAAACAGGAGUCCCAUCAGUGGGAGACCUUUCCUCUCGUGUUAAAGAGGAGGCCAGUGGAAGCUGUCCUAGGCUGCCGUGUGGUGCCACUCACAGCUCUGUCUGAGCUUGCCAUUUCCAGUUCAGAGCAACUGAGAAACUGACAAGGUCUAAUUUUCAAAGAGCUUGAAUUGACUGAAAUAAUUCCUUUUACUAUGCACAUGAGUUACUGAGGAGUUUUGUGCCAAAGUGUCAUGAUAUAUUUGUACAGUAUAAAUAGAAAACUAUUACUAAUCCGGAUCCCAGACAAGGCACAUGUAGUGAGUUGCACUUUUGUUUUGAACACUACCGGUCCAAUGUUUUCUCCACAAAGGCAGUGUUGCGCAGACUGCUGCAGUACUGAGCCGAGAAGGCAGAACUGCCCUCUUUAUUAUGGCACGCAUUUCAUUUCUAUGGAAAAGGUCCCAAAUCAACCAACUAUUGAAGGAUAACUCUUGAGUUGAAAGCACUGUUUUCUUUGCUGGCUAUGUCAAGUAUUGGUCAUCAAAAUGAAGCAUCAGAUUUCAUGCGCAAUAUACUGUAUGCAUCCUGAACCUGAAUUUACACCGUGUUGACUCUGUGAUGGGGGGGGAAAAAACUACUAAGUUGUUAAAAAAAUGUCUUAAUUUGUCAUUAAAAAGCACUAAUGAAGUUCCAAAUA